AUGUUUGCCACUCAGGAUACCAUUUUAAAGCUGCUGACAUUGUGUGCCCUGGCACAUUCUAUUACCGCCUUGGCGCUGCAGGAAAAAGCAGAAAAAGCUGGUCCUGAUCCCAGUCACAAGUAUUUGAUAGUGCGCGGGGAGACUCCGAGUGGUGCUUCGGGUUCGCAGGAGCAUGUGGAGUUCGAUAAUGCCGCCACUUUGCUCCUUAGAGCCUUUAAAAACCAACAGAUUCCGGCUUCAAAGGAUUUGGAGGAGUGCAGUGCUCCCAGUCACAAGGCCACCUUUUCGGGUUAUGACUAUGUCAUCCUGCUGGGCAUGCUGAUUAUAUCCCUGGGCAUUGGCAUCUUCUAUGGCUUCUUCCAGAAGGGAGGGUCCAACUCCUCCAAUGAGUUCCUCCUCGGCUCCGAAAUGAACAUCUUCCCAGUCACGCUGAGUUUAACCACCAGUUUCAUCACGGCCAUUGAGCUACUGGGCAAUCCCUCCGAGAUGUACUUCCAAGGCACUCAGUUUGUGCUCAUCGUUAUACCCAUGGUUUUGGUUAUCCCUGUGGCCGUGAAGAUCUUCUAUCCGAUUUACUUCAAAAUGGAGCUCACCAGUUGCUACGAAUAUCUGGGUAUUCGGUUUGGCAAGGAAAUUAGGAUACUCGGUGCUGUACUCUACGUCAUUCAGAUGUGCUUCUAUACGGCGGUGGCUGUUUUAGCUCCGGCAAUCGCUCUUUCCAAGGCCACGGGUCUGGACACCAAGAUCGCCGUGAUCCUGAUCUAUGUGGUCUGCGUGUUCUACUCAUCUCAGGGUGGCAUGAAGGCUGUCGUCAUAGCGGAUUCAUUUCAGGCUGCUGUCCUGGCUGUAUCCUUGGUGCUGAUCGUGGGUUUGGGCAGUUUUUACAGUGGCACUCCCAUUCAGGUCUUUCAGACUGCUGCCGAACACAAUCGUUUGGAGUUUUUUAACAUGGAUCCCAGUCCUACGACUCGUCACACUGUUUGGUCGGUGGUUAUUGGAGGCUUCUUCUACUGGACAUCCUUGUUUUGCACCAAUCAGGCCUCCGUUCAGAAAUGCAUGUCCUUGAAGUCCUUGAGGCUGGCGAAGAUUGCCCUGGGAUUUGCCAUUAUUGGCUUGAUUGCGGUGUUUCUGCUAAAUUUCUACACUGGUCUGAUGGUCUUCACCCACUAUGCGGACUGUGAUCCUUUGACAGCGGGACGUAUUUCGGCCACGGAUCAGCUAUUGCCCUACUAUGUGAUCAAUACCUAUGAGCACAUUUACUCAGUGGCAGGAAUCUUUGUGGCUGGCAUCUUUGCAGCCAGUUUAGGAACUGUGGCCUCUGCCUUGAACUCCCUAUCCGCUGUGACCUGCGAGGAUCUCUUGGUCAAUGGCAUGAACAUCAAAAUCUCACCCGAAAAGGGAGCCACCUAUGCCAAAUGGAUGUCCUUGGGCUAUGGCAUUGCAUCGUUUGGCUUGGUUUUCAUCGUGGAGCAUUUGGGAGGCGUCCUGCAGGCCACUUUGACCUUAAAUGGUCUUAUUGGUGGUGUAACCUUGGGUCUUUUUGUCCUGGGAAUCGCCUGCAAACAGGCUAAUACUAAGGGGGCUUUCUACGGAGGAUUAUUAUCCCUGGCCCUGGUCAUUUUCGUGGGUGUGGUGGCUCAAAUUGUCAGUGUGGAACAGCCAGCGUUGCCCACCUCCAUCGACAACUGCGAUUGCAAUGUCAACUUGACCAACAUCAUUGGAAAUCUACUCACAGAACCUGUGGAAAUCAUUGAGGAGGGAGGUUUCACAACGUGGCCCAUUUUCCGACUGAGCUACAUGUGGUACAGCAUGAUCGGAUGUCUGCUCACCGUUUUUCUGGGCUGGCUAAUUUCCCUGAUAAUUGACUUUGUCCAGCGACGAAAUGUGCUGAAGAUCACCGGCAAGGGCAUCGACAAUCCCGCCGUUUCCGAGGAGAUCUUCAAGAGCGACUCGCAGGUGCAGUACACCACCACGAGCUGUGUGACCACCACCACGGCGGUGGAGCCUGAUCCCCGAGACAUCAAGACAUCAAGUGGCGAGGGCCAUGUGAACCAUGCCAUUCGCAUCGACGACGAAUAGAAAUCGAAUUAAGAACUCGAAUUCAGCUGAGGGGUGAUCCCCAUCGGUGUAUUCCUUGUGUAACCUGUAACCUCCAUGUACAAAGACCAGUCGCAAUCUGUUAACUGUCCUAGUUUAGUCGAAAGAGUGAUUUCUAGUUCGUAAGUCCAAUCCAAGCCGAGGUUGUUGGCUCAGUAUUCUGUAUACACACACACUUACUAAUGUUACUACGAAUGAAUUUUAUUUUUAGUUCUUGUUUUAAGGCAUCAUACAAAUAAAACCUAUAUAUUCCUGAGCAGCAUCUGUUGCUGAAAUGUCAAGUAAAGUUUGGUUUUCUGUGGGUAG